UGGAGACUUUGGGAAUUCUGAAGAGAACCUCGCCCUCAUUUGUUCCCGAUUGCGCUCUCCUACGUUCAUGGCCACAGUACAUCCUGAAGAUUGUCUCACCAACACAGACAGUCGUGCAUCAGAUGAGUGGAGGCCUCCUCCCCACCGGACGAAAAAGAGAAGAAGGAAGAAGGUCAAGGUGUUUUCUCAGUGUCGCACAGCUUGCGUGACACAUUCCGGGGCGAGGUCACUGUUGGAGGCAGUGAAUUUCUGAAUAGGAGUAAAUUAUUCGAGAGCCACGAGCACUUUACCGAGGACCAUGGCCCACACAGAUGUGCUGCCCUGCUGGUUUCAUUCGCGAUCCUGCGCUGCUCGCUGUCUCGUUGCUCAGCCCGUGUCUUGUUGCUGAUGGCGGCAGUCAUGGCUGAUCUUCUCCUGUCACCAAGACGAUUAUUCCCUUCAACUGUUCAGUCAAUGCAGAUCCGUCUUUGUAUGAGCUUCGUAGGCUGUGAAUCUUCUGCCGAAGGGACGUAGCUGCCACCACCACCUCCUUAAACCGACUCCUGUUGGCAACUGCCAGUUAACAUGCUCUUUCUUCUCUCUCACCAAAAUUGCCAUCGGCACUUUGGUGAGACGAAAGGGUUGCAGAGCUAGAUUACGUCACGGAGCAGGACGAUCGAGCACAAUAAUCUGAAUUGGAGUGAGGAUCAGGAAAUUGGAAGCGGAUCAGGGAAGAUGAUGACCUCGGUGCGAGAUAUGGACAAUGGAUCAGCAGCAGAGUGCUCGGUACUUCAUCAGCAGCAGGAGCAGCAUCAUGGCAAGGGAAACUGAAACAAUGCACUGUGGGGCUUAGAGCGAGGGGUUUCAGUGGAUAGAUGAUCCGCCCUCAGAAGACUUCAAGAUCUGGAUAUCAAUGAAUAGAACAGCAUUUAAACAAUUAGCCCGUGUGAGCAAGUAAUGGGGGGCAAGUACGUGGAGAAUGGGAACAGACCCGUCAGCCCUGUAUCUUGGAACGAUAUGUUUCAUUCUGCUUCUAAACUGCAACUGAACACGCGGGCGACUGGCCUAUUCCCUUCGUUCAGCUCCCCAGCGCUACACUACAACGCAUUCGGAAGAUCUGCCGACGACACCAAAGCUCGUGAGAUGGAGAAGCACAAGGGGGAUGCAAGAACUCCCCGGAACGCGAAACAAGAUUCGUGCAAGCAGAGCAGCGUUGACAAGGCGUUUGACGACGAAGACAAACAGCGAGUAAUUGAGCAUUACAAUCCUCUGUUCCCUCCGGAAGAAUCGAUUCCAAGAAGACUCAAUGAGGCCAAUUUCCAGCUGGCCAUCUACAUCGCGAUGGCCCAUGCAGGAUUGGCUCUCGUGGUGGUGGUGCUCUACGGCGUGGGCCGGCUGCUCGAGGACUUUUGGAAGCCAAUUCAGUGGGCUGUAUUGUGCUCCAUGCCCCUGCGCGAGGUGCAAGAAGCGCUGGUCAAGUUCUGGAACGAGCCUCUGCAGGUCGGAUUUGUCGAGUCGUUGGUCGCCCCGCCAAUCGCCAUCUACAAGGCUCUGGCGGGCACCGUGCUGGAUGCCCGAGAUGGGUUCUUGAGUUUUGUGGGCAAGGGCGAAGGGCAGCCGAGGCCGGUCGGAUUCGCCAAGCUCUUCCAAUGGCUCGUCUCCUUCGCCUUCUUCACGCUCGGGCUCGAGUACUUCGGACCCGCCAACCUGUCGCUCUUGGCCUUCGUCGGACUUCUGAUGUAUGCAGCAGGAACUGGGCUGGAGGUCGGCCAUCUCACAGGUGCUCUUUCUCAGAACGGCAGGCAGGCAGCCGGCAGGAUGAGCUGGGUGAAAUGGGCCGUGGCCCCCAUCAAGAGAGUGUCCAUCGCUACGAAUCAGAGGAUCUCGCGUUCUCUCGCGAGUAGCCUGCACACGCUCGUGGCCGUAGGACUGAUAAUCAUGAUGAUUCUGGGCUCCGUGGGCGGAUUGGCUCUGUUCUCGUACAAGGUCGGGCUGGAAGGGAAGGACGCUGUGGUGAUGCUGAAGGUUCAUCUGGAGGAGAGCAACUACGCCGAGGUCGUGGGAUUCAACAAGUGGCUCGAGGAGAACAAAGUGCCGGAGCUUAUCGACAAUUACGUGGUGAAGGGGUACGAUGCACUCAUGCAUCAGGUCGAUGCAUUUGCUGCCGCCAACAAUUUGACGGAAGUGGUGGACGUCGGCAAAGAGUUUCUGAUGGGAGUCAUACACAGGGACAAGAAGGGCGAGCGCAUCAACAAAACUGCCAAUGCGGAAUCGGCUCAUCCUCUGGUCGGGAAGCUGCGAGGAUUGCAAUCGAAGAUGAGGGAAUUCGACGUUCAGGGUAUAAUGUUGGAAAUCGAGGCCGCUUUUCUCCUGUUCUUGGAACAUUUCCAGAUCAAAAGGGAGGACUUUAUGGAGAAGGCGAAAGUGCUGGCUCAGAGCUCCUCGGACGUCGGAAAGAAGGUCAUUUACAGUGGCACUAACCUUGUGGCGAGCGGCGCGUCGAUGCUCAUCUUCGUCUGGAGCACCAUUGCAUCCGGGGCGGCCGGUCUGUUCAACUUCCUGACGCAAACCGUGGUUUUCUUCUCCGUGCUGUACUACCUGAUCACGUCCAGCGCCGGAGGAGUGAUGGAGCAAAUUCUUGACAUGGUGCCCUUGUCCGAGACCACCAGAAAGAGCUGCGCCAACGUUCUGGAUCAUACCGUGAGCAGCGUGCUUCUUGCGACUGUGAAGACGGCCUUCUUCCAAGCUUCUUUCACGUGGCUUCUCUUCCGGUUCGCAGACAUCCACUUCCUUUACGGCUCGACGCUGAUCGCUCUGGUGCAGGCUGUGCUCCCCCUGUUUCCCAACUGGGUCGCAUCGAUUCCCAUGGGUAUAGAACUGGCCAUGGAGGGUUACUAUGUGCUGGCUAUCGUGCUUAUGUGUGUACAUAUAUGGGUUAUGGACUUUGGGGUGGACGCUAUUCACAGCGAAAUUCCUGGGCACAACGCUUACCUUACCGGACUCAGUAUCGCUGGCGGCAUGGCGCUCUUCACUCCGGCUCUAGAGGGUGCGAUCAUGGGCCCGUUGUUGAUGACAGUUUUGAUAGCUACAAAGAACUUGUAUGGGGAGUUCGUGUUGAAUGCGGAUAGCAACAAGUGAAUGGCGAUAUGUGGAGUCUCCUAGCGGCCAGUGAAUCAGAUGAACAUGUUAACCUCUUUUGUGUACUGCUCGUCUCGAAUUUUUUGUGACAAAACCGAUUGUAACACAAAAGACUUGGUCCAUCCUACUUCUGGAUAUGUCCACUCUGAACUGAACUGAACCGGAAGGACCAUCACUGAAGGACUAGGUCCCUCUGAAGAUUAGAUAGUGUAUAGGAUCGUUUGUGUGAAUAUUGGAGAUAGUAAAUGAGCUUUAAUGAAUAUACCGCAAUACAACAGGUUAUGAUAACGGUUAGGUAAAUACCAGGAAGACCGGUGCUUUUUGCCUUGGCAGUAUUUGCAGAGCCUCGAUAUGACUCAGUGGACCAUAUCUUCCACAGCUUUCAGUUUGUUGAUGAAGCAGGCCGCAGAAGUGUAGGAAGUAGAAACUUCGACCGUGUACUACUACGAUUAGAGGAGGAAGGUCAAACGAAGUUUCAACUUUUUCAGCAAAUUGUGGUCAUCUGCCCAUACUCCCUAUGCCGCUGCACACACAAAGAUCUGAUUUUUUUGUCUCACAAUCAAAUGCAAGCUUUAGGCUGAUUGAAGCACAAAAUUUU